CGGAAGUGGAGACGCGAAAGGCGAACGAAACAUUUUCCACCCGGCGCCGUCUCUUUGUCCGUCCACCUCCGCGCUGAAAGCAACAUCUGCAGCGACAAACAUGGCCAAUGUUGCCGACACGAAGCUCUACGACCUGCUCGGCGUUUCGCCUUCCGCCUCCGAGAACGAUCUGAAGAAGGCAUACAGGAAACUGGCCAAAGAAUAUCACCCGGACAAGAACCCCAACGCUGGUGACAAGUUCAAGGAAAUCAGCUUCGCUUAUGAGGUGCUGACCAACCCUGAGAAGAAAGAGCUUUAUGACCGCUAUGGCGAGCAGGGCCUACGGGAGGGCGGCGGCGGCGGACCCGGCAUGGAUGACAUCUUCUCGCACAUCUUCGGCGGCAGCAUCUUCAACUUCAUGGGUGGUCAGGGCGGACGCUCACGCAACGGAGGCCGGCGGAGAGGCGAGGACAUGGUCCACCCGCUUAAGGUAUCGCUUGAGGACCUUUAUAACGGCAAGACCACCAAGCUACAACUUAGCAAAAAUGUACUGUGUAGCACUUGUAACGGGCAGGGCGGCAAGACCGGCGCCGUGCAGAAAUGUACCGCCUGCCGAGGGCGUGGCAUGCGCAUCAUGAUCAGACAGCUGGCACCGGGGAUGGUGCAACAGAUGCAGUCUGUGUGCACUGACUGCAACGGCGAAGGCGAGGUUAUCAGUGAGAAGGACCGCUGUAAAAAGUGUGAGGGUAAGAAGGUGGUGAAAGAGGUGAAGAUCCUGGAGGUCCACGUGGACAAGGGCAUGAAGCACGGACAGAAGAUCACCUUUGGUGGCGAGGCGGAUCAGGCGCCGGGGGUGGAACCGGGCGACAUUGUUCUGGUGCUGCAGGAGAAAGAGCAUGAGACGUUUCGGCGAGAUGGCAACGACCUCUUCAUGAACCACAAGAUCGGCUUGGUGGAGGCGCUGUGCGGCUUCCAGUUCAUGCUGAAACAUUUAGAUGGCAGACAGAUUGUGGUCAAGCACCCCGCCGGCAAGGUCAUCGAGCCAGGCUCGGUGCGGGUGGUGCGAGGGGAGGGAAUGCCGCAGUACCGUAACCCCUUUGAGAAGGGGGACCUGUACGUCAAGUUCGAAGUGCAGUUCCCCGCUAGCAACUGGAUUAGCCCUGAAAAAUUGGCGGAGCUGGAGGACAUGCUUCCCUCACGAUCAGAGGCGCCGCUCAUCACGGGUGACACGGAGGAGGUGGACCUGCAGGACUACGACGUCAACCAGGGCUCGUCGACGGGGGGCCGCCGGGAGGCCUACAACGACAGCUCGGACGAGGAGGGUGGCCACCACGGUCCGGGGGUCCAGUGCGCUCACCAGUAGCCCGAUGGCGGUGAGGCGCGCGGGCGAGUUGGCGGGCGGGGCCGGCAGAAAUAGACUUUAUUCUUUGUUUAUUUAAACGUGGCGGCUGCCCCGCUGCAAACAUCCUGCCGUUACCUCCUCCAAGGCAGCGGAAUGUCUCUUGUUUGAGUGUUGCUUUUUUUUGUUUUGUUUUUUUUCAUAGAAUUUACAAUAAUUUAAAGAAAGGACACAUUCACACGUGCUGUUUUCACAUAGGAUGUUUCAGAUUUUUACAGCUUUGUUUUUCUUGGUAGAUUUUUACUUGUUCUUUCCCCUUCAUCUUCUUUAUAUUUUUAAACCCAGAUUGUGUAUAUUAAUGAACCCCGCCAUUGUUUCCUCUAUUCAGAAGCAGUGUGAUUUAAAUGAAAAUAAAUUGAAAAAAAAAAACUGAACAAACCUAAGUGAAAUCACAUACACAAACAUGCGCGCACACACGCACACAAACAGGAACAAAGACAACAGCCUGCAUCCAUGCUGAGACCAUGUGCAUGUAUAAAUAUAUAUAUAUAUAAAUAUAUAAAAAGUGAUGGUUCCAGCACUCAUACAAGAUUCACGUGGAGACGCUUCAAAAAUGAGUUGAAUAAAUUGAAGAAUCCUU